UCCAGAUCUCAACUGAGCCGCCGCGCCUCGCCCUCCCGCUCUGAGCGCCUCGUUUUUGUCUAGGGCCACCAGCCGAGGCCGGCUCGAAGGUGUUGGAAAGUUUUGACGGGCCAGCAAACCCGGAUCUUGAGGCUCUCGUCGGGGCCGGUUCCCACGCGCCAUACGCCACCUCGCUGCGACGAUGGACCAACAGCGACCAGCGUCGCAAAAGUUUCCGGCUGGAUUGGCGGGCGUGCUCAACUCGCCGGAGGAGAAUCGGGACUCGGCGUACUACUCUAGCACAGACGCUUCAAGCAAACACACAUCAGCUGCAUCUGGCAUUGGCGUGCUGAGCCCUCCACAUUCUGGCUUCCAGCCUUCUCCCGUCGACAAGACGCCGUCGCCGACCGCGACGACGUCCCACCUCCUCCCGCAGCCGCUGGUGUCGCCGACGACCAGCAAUGGCAACAUGAGCGUGGCGUCGAUAGUCUCGCCGACCACGCCGGGAAGCGCUGACCCUCGACGCUUCGACCGCCCGCAGUCGCUGGACUCGGCGCCGAGCAGCGCCACUUUCCUGAGUGGUGAAGUCCCUGAAGCCCUGUCGCGGAGGGAGAGCGUCGAUAGCAGGAUCAACCAGGGCUUCCACGAUAUGAGACUGGGCAACUCGCCUUACGCCAGCCACAACCAUUCGACCACCUCGAUCCAUACCACGCUGCAACAACAAAGAAACCCGCGACCCGGGCUCGACAACCUGGCCGUUCACCGUAUCUCGAAUGGAUACCAACCCAGUGCUGACCGCAACCCGGAAGGCCACCCGAAGACGAUGAGGAUUGCCCCCGCCAUCACUGGGCCGGCCACGAGCCAGAUCGCCCGGGCAGCUGAGCCAACGAAGGGUCAGGCAUGGGCUUUUCCCGAAGAAGAGAUUCAGAGAAUGCCGUCGGCCGCGGCCCAGUCGCUGGGCGACUCGAGGAGGAGUAGCGUUGCCGAGUCGCUUGCGAGCAGCCAGUACACGACUGAUGGCAGGCUCCCACCGGGCCAACGACGGCUGGAGGAUAGCAUGGGCGCCAGCGCCUACCAGAGGCUGUCCAAUGCGUCCGGCGAGUACUCGACUGUCCACCACCACACGCUACAGCAUAAGCAAUUGGGCGACCUGCGGAACGAGGAGGCUGGCUCCCACGCCGGCACCCAGCCUUACAGCAGGACGCCCGAGCUCCGUGUGAGCCACAAGUUAGCCGAGCGGAAGCGGCGCACCGAGAUGAAGGAGCUGUUUGACCAGUUGAGGGACCUCAUGCCCCAAGAGAGGGGCUCCAAAGCAUCCAAGUGGGAGAUUCUGACUAAAGCAAUUUCGGAACACCAAAGGCAGAACGAGCUUAUCAGACAGCUGCAAGCCCUGAACUCAGCGCAGCAGAACGAGAUUGAGAUGUUGCGGCGAGAAUUACAGGAGCGGAUGCAUGGGGCACCGCCUCCCCGACCGGCGGACCCCUACGCUGGGGAUCAGUUUGGCAGGCCGCGACCGCCAGAGCUGCCCCCUCUUCGGUCCCUGCAGUCGGCCGCCCCGCCCUCCGGCGGACCUGAGUCGAUGACGGGAGUGCAGUACGAGGCCCCCAGAGCGAACGGCUACCGGACCGCCGAGCCCACCAGGUUCUAGGGUGAUCUGGGUAUGCACGAGCACGGAGGCGAAGCGGUGGCGGCGGCAUCAUCAGCAGCAGCAGAGUCAGGAGCACCAUGUGUUGCUCGGGAAUGGCCUCAUCGUAUGAGGCCGAAUCGCCUCCUUCAGGAACCCUUGCCGCCCCUACGAUGUUAAGGAGCGGUACAUCUGGAUCUG